AUGUCAGCUAGAGCUCCUCCUGGUGUCGUGGAUGGAUAUGGGGAGGUGGGGAGGUGGGCAGGACAGGCAACACAGGCGCUUCAGGCGUUGAUUACGGAUGAGGUGCUGAUGAUGGAAGAUAUGCAACUCCAGUGGUGUGAAAUGCACAUGGCAGCAGCCAACAGGAAGAAGGUGGAGGCCCGUAAAAUGAGUGGAGGGUCCUCACCACCACCUUUCACUCUGGCUGAAGAGCUGGCAGUCAGCCAGAGUACAAAAAGGGCAUUUAUGGAUGGCAUUCAGGGGGCACUGGAAUCAGACCUUGAGGAUGCCAAUGGUCAUCUCUACCCUGUCUCUUGUCCUGCAGCGGGCCAGGUUGUAGCAGCACUGUGCUCCAGGGUCAGGCACCGGCAUGCCACAAGGCUGUGUGCUGAGCCCUCCCUGUAUUCCCUCUUCACCUACGACUGCGUCCCUGUGCAUGGUUCCAAUACCAUAAUCAAGUUCGCAGACUGCACCACGGUGGUAGGCCUGAUCAGAGAGGACGACAAGACGGCCUACAGAGACGAGGUUGAGCACCUGGCUGCGUGGUGCGCAGACAACAACUUGGCCCUUAACACUCAGAAGACCAAGGAGAUCAUUGUGGACUUCAGGCGUGCUAGGAGCAAAGCACACGCCCCCAUCUACAUCAACGGAGUUAUAGUGGAGCGUGUACCUAGCUUCAAACUCCUGGCUGUCACCAGCAUAGCCCUGCAAAGUCUCCAGAUUCAACCUGGACCACCUGCACGUUACAUCCUGACUACAAAGAGGAGCAGCUUUGAUAAAGAUGAAAGGGUUAGAAGAUGGACGUUUGGGAAGAGAGACAACAAUAAGCCAAACAAAACUAUUCUAGUGGUGGGAGAAACAGGCACAGGGAAAACCACUCUGAUUAACACCAUGGUUAAUUAUGUUCUUGGUGUGAGGUGGGAGGACAGAAUGUGGUUUGAGAUCACUGAAGAAGACGGGGACAGGCAGUAUAAAUCACAAACAUCUGCAAUCACUGUUUAUGAAAUAUUUCCUGAAAACAGCUCAAUCUCCCUAUCCCUUAUUGACACUCCUGGAUAUGGAGGAACAGGAGGUGUAGAGAAGGACAAGGAAAUUUCUGAAAAUUUGUUAAAAUUGUUUCAGUGUGAGAGUGGUGUUCAUGAAAUUGAUGCAGUGUGUCUUGUGGUGGCAGCAACCCAAAAACGACUCUCUGACAGACAGCGCUACAUUUUUGAUGCAGUAAUAUCCAUAUUUGGUAAAGAUAUAGAGAAGAACAUAGUGCUGAUGAUCACACAUUCAAGAAAACGAAUACACCAAACUUUACUUGCAACCAUUGAUGCUGCAAGGAUUCCAUACGCUAGAGAUGAGAGAAAAGAAGCUGUUUAUUUUGCAUUUGACAAUUGCCAGACUGAAGAUUAUGAUGAGGAAGAUGAGUCUGAACAAGAAGCUUCUUGGAAGAAAGGAAUGAAAAGGAUGGAUGAAUUCAUUGCAUUUUUGAAUACAAGGGAGUGUAGAAGCCUGCAGAUGACACAGGGGGUUAUGCGGCAGCGCAAGCAACUAGAGGCCACUGUUGACCAUUUAGAGGACCAGAUUGAGUUUAUAGAGGCCAAGCACAGAGAACUUGCUCAAACUGAGAAGGCUUUGGAGGAAAACGAGGAUAAGAUGAAGAAGAAUGAAAACUUCACCUAUGAAGUGGAGGUGUCCUACAAAGUAAAGGUUCCCAUUAAAAAUGCAUCAUGGUGGGACAGCAAGGCUACCUGUUGCACUGUGUGUAAGGAAAACUGCCAUAAGACAGGUUGCUGGUGGGUCAGUAAUCUUCAAUGGUGUGAAGUUAUGGAAAAAAAUCACUGCACUAAAUGCGAAAAGAAAUGUCAUCACACAAAGCAUGUUAAGGAAGACAAAAUAUAUGUCCUGGAAAAAAAGAAAGAAAAAAGAACAUAUGACGAACUUAAAAGAAAAUACGAAAACAGUAAAGAAGCAGUUGUCAUGAAUGUGGACAUCAUGAAAAAAAUUAAGGAAGAGUUGACAGCUGCAGAACAAGAAAAAUCAACUUUAGUUGUGGAGGCAUACCAGUACAUUAUGACAUUGUGUGAGAUUGCCUUGAAACCAGACUCUUUGUCCACUCUGCAGCAUCUUGAUUUCUUAAUUCCAAGGGUGCAGGAAAUAGGAAAAUCAGAGUGGGUUGAGAAACUUAUGGACCUGAGGAAAACUGAGCAGGAGGAAGACAGGGGUGCCUGGAAUUAUAUGAAAGGUUUUUAUAAAGCUGGGAAAAAAAAGAUCCUGGGUUGA